GUUGUACAUGGGUUAUGCUCACCUACAUUUUCUGGAACUCUGGGAUAUGUCGUGACAAAAUCCAAGAUGGCAAUUCCUAGAGAUACUAGCAUAGGGAUGGAUACCAAUGAUUCUGUACCACUUGACAGCACAAAGAUCAUUGGAGAUGCUGCAUCUAACGAACAACCCUCUACCCCCACAACUUCUGAUUGUGAGAAAACAUGUAUUAAACCAAGGAACACUAUUCUAAAUGGGAAUGUGCCAAACAAUGGUAAUACUAUUCCAGAUGACUACAAAACAAAAGUUAAGAAAGGCACCAACACAGGAAACACUGUCCUUGAUCAGAAUACACAAAGUUCUGUCUCUUUUAACAGUAAUAGUACACCUGAGAAAGUGCCAAUCUCUGACACUGGCAAAAAUGCUCUCAAUGGACAUAGACCAGAAACUGAAACAAGGAAUCAUGUUGCAAAUGAAAAUGGUAAUAUAAGAAAUGUUGACACUAAGAUCUCUGGUAAGGCAGACUGUGAAGCCAGUACUAGUGUUGACACUGUUUUCACUGACCAGGAUAACAGCGAACUUGACGUUAACCCUGGGAUCACUGACCAGGCUAGCAGGGAACUUGGUGUUAACCCUGAUAUCACUGACCAGGCUAACAGUGAACUUAGUGUUAACCCUGGGAUCACUGACCAGGCUAACAGUGAACUUGGUGUUAACCCUGAUAUCACUGACCAGGCUAGCAGGGAACUUGGUGUUAACCCUGGGAUCACUGACCAGGCUAACAGUGAACUUAGUGUUAACCCUGGGAUCACUGACCAGGCUAACAGUGAACUUGGUGUUAACCCUGAGAUCACUGACCAGGCUAACAGUGAACUUGGUGUUAAAACUGAGAUCACUGACCAGGCUAACAGUGAACUUGGUGUUAACCCUGAGAUCACUGACCAGGCUAACAGUGAACUUGGUGUUGACAAUCAGAUCACAGACACAGAGGUCACUGAGGUAACUGACCAAGCCGACACCAAUAAUGUCUGUGAACCUACAACAUACGACCCAUCACCUGACCUUGCUAUUUCAGACAACAUAGAAAACAGAAUUGGUUAUGAGUGCAAUGCUGUUAUAGCAGUGAGUGAUGACCACAGAGAGUUUGUUGUAGAACCAGUGAUCUAUGUUACACCAGGAAUGCUGUUCCUGCUGAUCUUCCUAUUGCUGUCUUUAACACCUGAUAUAUCAUACAGGAGAAUAUAAGAAUCAGUCUAUUCUCCUGUCUUGUCAGAUUGUCAUGAUCAACAUCAGCCGAGUUACAGUCCUAAAAUCUUAUUUUAUUUUAUUUUGUAUUCUGGAAAUCUGGGCCACAUUUGUUUAAUGUAUGAUCAUGAAUUAUGUAAUACCCUAAAGCAGGAUAUUUCCACAGGGAUAACAAUUUUCGCGAUUUCGCUGGUUAAUAACGUGAUCAUGAAAAUAUGAUCUGCAGAAUAAUAAUACAAGUGAAACAUUUAGCUGUGAUGAUAAACUUCAUAACCGUUAUGUUGUCAUGGAAUAGGGAACAUGUGGUCAUGACGAUUAGUAUACAUCAGGAGUAAUAAUAAUAUGUUAGGAUAUAGAUUAUGUCACACAUCUGAUAGUUUUGUUGGUAACACUUGGUUGUUGUUGCUCCAUAUGAUGUUAUAAAGCAUUUGACUUUCUGAAACCUUACAACACCCCAAAAAUUGAAAUCAUUCACAUGUAGUUCACAAAAACAAAUUUCCAGUUAUUACAUAAGUUAGUAAUACAAUAUGAUAACUGGCAUACUGUAUGUUAAUUAUUACAUAUGUUUGUAAUAAUAAAUGAUAACUGGUGUGUAUGUUAAUUAUUACAUAUGUCAGUAAUACUAAAUGAUAACUGGCAUACUGUAUGUUAAUUAUUACAUAUGUCAGUAAUACUAAAUAAUGUGUGUUUGACAUGUAUUAAGUUAAGCAAUACAUGUUGUAAAGCUUUCAGCUGCGAGUGUCAGCAGCUUAUAUCAUUAAA